AGCUCUUCGCAGAACCUCUCUCUCUCUCUCUCGCUCUCUUAGUUGUGGAGAUGGGAAGCAACAGCGAGAGCAACGGCUCGGCGGGAAUUAAGAUUCCGAAAAUACAGUUCACUAAGCUCUUCAUCAAUGGCCAAUUCGUUGACUCCAUCUCUGGGAAGACUUUCGAGACGAAAGACCCCCGCAACGAAGAGGUGAUCACGGUGGUGGCAGAAGGCGACAAAGACGAUAUUGAUUCAGCCGUUAAAGCUGCCAGAACUGCUUUAGAUAGUGGCGCGUGGCCGCGCAUGUCUGGCUACGAAAGAGGAAGGAUAAUGAUGAAAUAUGCAGACCUGAUAGAAGAGCAUGCAGAAGAGUUAGCAAUUCUUGAUACAAUUGAUGGUGGGAAGGUAUUUUCAAUUUGUAAGAAUAUUGACAUACCACACACUGUUCAUCUCCUCCGCUAUUAUGCGGGCGCGGCCGAUAAAAUUCAUGGCGAGACAUUAAAGCUCUUAGGAGAGUUUCAAGGAUACACAUUAAAAGAACCCUUAGGGGUGAUCGGGCAUAUUAUACCAUGGAACUUUCCUUCAACCCUCUUCUUCGUAAAAGUCAGCCCUGCCCUCGCUGCUGGUUGCACAAUGAUAGUCAAGCCUGCUGAGCAGACGCCGCUUUCAGCUCUUUAUUAUGCUCACUUGGCUAAACAGGCUGGCAUUCCCGAUGGAGUCCUUAAUGUUGUCACUGGAUUCGGCUCAACUGCAGGUGCAGCACUUUGCUCCCAUAUGGACGUUGAUAAGGUAAGUUUUACUGGAUCCACAGAAGUUGGGAGGCUGGUGAUGGAAGCAGCAGCAAAGAGCAAUCUGAAACAUGUAUCGCUCGAAUUGGGAGGGAAAACGCCGCUCAUCAUCUUUGAUGAUGCUGACUUGGACAUGGCUGUGAAUCUCUCUCAAAAUGCAGCAUUUUUUAACAAGGGAGAAAUUUGUGUGGCUGGAUCACGUGUUUAUGUUCAAGAAGGAAUUUAUGAUGCUUUUGUGGAGAAAUCUGUUGAAAUGGCUAAAAGUAGAGUUGUUGGAGAUCCUUUCAAUUCAGAAGUUCAUCAAGGUCCCCAGAUUGACAAGAAACAAUUUGAAAAGGUUCUUAAGUAUAUUGAGUAUGGGAAGAAUGAGGGGGCAACUUUGCUGACAGGAGGAAAAACAUGUGGGGAUAAGGGCUACUUUAUUGAGCCAACCAUUUUUGCUGACGUCAAUGAGAACAUGAAAAUUGGAAAGGAUGAGAUAUUUGGCCCGGUGUUGUCCCUAAUGAAAUUCAAGACGAUAGAAGAAGCAAUAGAAAAGGCUAAUGCGACUCGUUAUGGAUUGGCAGCCGGCAUUAUUACUAAUAACCUCAACAUAGCACAUAGAGUUUCGAGGUCGGUUCAAGCAGGCACAAUUUGGAUCAAUUGUUUCUUUGUGUUUGAUCCUAGCUGUCCUUUUGGUGGAUACAAGAUGAGUGGGUUUGGAAAGGACCAAGGCCUGGAUGCAAUUGAAAAGUAUUUAAAUGUCAAGUCUAUUAUUACCCCUAUUUACUCUUCUCCAUGGCUCUGAACAACUAUAAGAGAAACAGAGAGUGAGAGAGGGAACGAUGAGUAAAGAUAAAUCCCUAUUUACUCUUCUCCAUGGCUUGAGUAAUCAUAUGAGAAAGGAAAAGACAGA